GCGAUGGACAUUGAGUCACAGGAAAGGGUCACGUCCAGUAAUGCUUCCAUCCCGCAUCUGCGGCGCGAUUGCUGCGACCAAAACAGUACGGUUUCCCUUGCCAACCGCUCUAGCAGCUUCUCCCUAAUCCAGGAAAAAAUAAUAGCACUACCUAUUCAGGAUUAAAAGCGGUCGGAUACGUGUAACACUGCGCAUAUCGACCGGUGGUGGAAGCGGCAGUGGGCGGGAUUGUAGGGCUAGCUCGCUGGUUAGCUAACGAGGACAAGCUAUGGCUGAGGUUCCAGGGACUUCGAGCGAGACGAUAACGGAGACAGUCCAAGUGGACACACCGCCACCGCCCCAACAGGAGGGUCGCAGCUUGACGAUCAAGCUAAGGAAGCGGAAGACUGAGAAGAAGGUGGAGUGGUCCAGCGACACCGUGGACAAUGAACACCUGGGCAGGAGAUCCUCCAAGUGCUGCUGCGUGUACGAGAAGCCGCGCCAGUUCGGGGAGUCUUCCUCCGAGAGUGAGGGCGAGGACGAAGACGGCUGCGGGAGCGCGCACUGCAUUCUGGGACAUGGCCGGGAACGGCACGGACAGAGACGGGGAGGCGGGUCCACAGCGCCCCCUAACGCCGGAGGACCAAACGCCCACUAGGAGCGGGCGACACAACGGGCGGUAGAGACGGGGAGAUUCUGACGACAAUUAUAUACACACAAACACACACACGCGCACACACACAAACACACAGACAGUUACACACUGACACACACGCACAUGCACACACAGACACACGCACGCGCACACACACAAACACACAGACAGUUACACACUGACACACACACACACACACACACUGACGCACAUGCACACACACAGACACACGCGCACACACACAAACACACGCAUGCGCACAUACACAAACACACAGACAGUGACACACACACUGACGCACAUGCACACACACACAGACGCACAUGCACACACACACAGACACACGUGCGCACACACGCACACAGACUGACACACGCGCACACACACACAGACGCAUGCAUUUACACACACAUACACACAGACGCACGUGCACACACAUUUACACACAUGCGCGUGCACACACACUCACACACACACAGAUGCACGCUCAUACACACACACACACAGUUAUACCCACUCAAGUUCAGUUCAGUCACUGUAAUGGGGAGUGAUAAUUUGCAGAAACAUACGCACUCACACACACGCGCACACACCCACUCACACUCACACACAGAUGCACGCUCAUACACACACACACACACACACACACACAGUUAUACCCACUCAAGUUCAGUUCAGUCACUGUAAUGGGGAGUGAGAGGAAAGAGAGUAAGAAAAGGGAAGAACCAAAAUAUAGACAGAGAGACUGAUGGAGGAAGAGAGGAAGAAAAGAUUGAGAGAAAGAAAACAGUUCUGUCUAAGUCAGUUUCUGAAAUGAUUGGGGGAAGGGAGUCCAUUGUACAUAUUGAAUCCAUUUUUUUAAGUUUACUUUUAUUUAUUUUUUUGUCUUAAUGCUUAAUUGUAAGAAUAUAUUAUCUCUUUCAAACGGUGCACUGAUUGACAGCAGCUUGUGGUAUUAGAGUUUCGAGUAGCAUUGCCCCCACCUCAAUGAAAUAAAAAACAUUUUCAAUCUGCAGACGGGCUGGAUGCCUUUCAUUUGAAAGUGUUAUUCGCUGUCUUGCUUGGCUUAAUGUUUCUGAAAUACUGCAUGUGUAAAGUUACGUUUAUUCAGCUGUUCUUCCGAUGCUAAAAUCCUUAACUUAUAUCUGGCAGGGAUUUUCUAAAACGAGAUUUACCCUUUAAGGGAAAAAGAUCAAUUAUGCUUGCAAUCUGCAACACUUUAAUUGAAGGGUAUCAUUCUGAUUGGUUAUGCUUCAUACAAGUUUGACAUGGAUACCCAUGAAUGUUCAUAAUGGCUUACAACAAAUUAUACAAGCUGUGAGAUACUUAUCGCUUAGAAGCUUUCAUAAUAAAGGAUCCCAGGAAUUAUUUUUACUGCAGAAUAAAAAGCUGUGAAUAACAUUUUUUUCAAAUGAAGGGCAGAAACGAAAAAUCCAGAUACUUUAUGGACAACAGAAAGGUUUUUGGUUGGAUUGUCGUCUGCACCUAUUACGUUCCAUGAUCUCUUAAUUAAAUUCACGUGUAGAACUCCGCCCCCACAUUGAUUGGCAGAUACAGUAACUCGUGACUAAUGGUUCGGAGCGCGCGGUUUCAUUGAUUGACCUUCCGUAUGCACUUAUUGUACGUCGUUUUGGAUAAAAGCGUCUGCCAGAUAAGUGUAAUGUAAUGUUGAUCCCAUUGUGGGAGCAGCUACCGUGGUCUGUCAGUCACCGACUUGCAUGAACCAAUCGGAUGAGUUGGCUCUCCUUUAAAGACACUAAGGGGUUGACGCUUCACUGUCUCUGUCCCAAUUUCUCACUUUUGUGUACAGAGAACAAGAUUCUCGUACUUUCAGACAAUCCUUGUGAAGAGCUGCUUAGCAGCCAUUUCACUUUCUCCCCCGUGAGCACGAAAACGCCCGUGGAAUAAGCGGCAUGCUCUAGUACAAACGUAUGUAUAUAUGAAUCAAUAGUUUACCACGCACCCGUUGUGCCACAAAGGAAAAAUAAUUACCUGGGGAGAGAAUAAACUAAAAGACAUUGGGGCUGUGGGUGCUGACACUAAGAUUUUGAUAUUUUGGAAAAACCGUUUCAGUAAUAAGUAGUGAAAAUGUAGACGUACACAAGGGGAGUAUUAUGACAAUUACAAGCAUUCUUUUAACCACCCACAUGAUGCGUUUCGAGUUUAUGCCUGUAAGGUCAUUACUGCCAGAAGGAUAUUUAUUCGGUAUAAUGGCAAAUCAGGCAUAGCCUACAGAUUCUUUUAGGUGGCUAUGCCAGUUUAAAUGUAUAUAUAGUGAACACGGGGCGCUGUGCACGUGUGGACCAUGAAAAGCGGCAAUCCGCACACCCAUUCCGACGCAAUGGGUAGGAACAUUGCAGAGUAAAAAAUCACGGAGUUCUGUUCUCAAACUCCCGAUUCUAAGGACGCUUCGCGCGUCGCCUCUCGUUUCUCAGCACACACUGGUAUUAAUAACGAUGAUUAUCUUGCUUUUCAAGUCAGCAGAAUGGCCGUUAUGCCUUUUAUUGUGCGUCGCGUGGCUCUGCUUAAAAUGUCGCUCAGCGCUCUUCUGCAGCCACAAAGACGACCAGGACCGGAGAAGGACUUCGGCUUUUCGCGUAAACGUGUUUGCCUACCAGUUGCUCUUAUCCGUUAAAAAUUGGGUAGGGGUGGGGGGCUGCGCAGGUGCAUGCCAAAUUAUUUAUCGUAUAGGUAUCACGGCUCUGGCCGCGGUCUUGACUUCCCACUGUCUUGAGUAACGGGGUCCACCUCCGGCCCGGUACAUCUCCAUACCUGCGUUCCACGAGCCAGGCCAGAAGAGACAGGCGCGCGCGUCACAAAGGGUUUCAGAACAUUCGAAACUCAAUUUUCUAUCACGUGGAUGAUGAACACAGUAUUUGCUGUUGUAGCGUACUGCUUGCUCACCUCUCUGUACAUAACGACCCUAACAACAAUAAAGAGAUUUGAACUCC